AUGAAAUUUCUAAUAUGUUUACUUUUAAUAAUAACAUGGUAUAAUAAUUUAGUUCAGGGUCAAAGUUGCGCAGAUACCCUCAACAAUUUAAAAGCAUUUCAAGUAAAUUUUAUAUAUUCUGGUCAAAAUACCUCAAAUCCAUUUAAUAACUAUGUUGAAAGAGAUGACUACUUUUUUCAAUCUGGUACUUUAAUUGUAGAUAGAGUAAAUAACAAUAUGUAUGUAAAUUAUCAAUUUGAUACCGAUUAUUCCUUCGAGUCAUGGUUAUACACCCAAAAUAAUACAUAUUAUAUUUUAACCAAUUAUAGAUCAAAUGGUUGUAUUUACAGAUUCACACCAAACGUUACCCCUAUUACUAACUAUACCGAUGCUGGUGUUGCAAUGGUCGGUUCAAUCAAAUCACAAAUUUUAUCAUUCGAAACACCAAAUGAAUUUGAUGCAGCUGGUUUACUCUAUGUUGAUCCAAAUGAUUGCUCCCCAAUUUUCCAAAAUGGUAAAACUCAAUUUGGUAACUCCCUUGUUACUUUUACAAACUUCACACCAUUGGAACCUUCAAUGGAUUAUUUUGAUUUACCAGAUGCAUGCGCUCAUGCCCAUCUCAUAGUAUAA